AUGGUCCCCGGAAACCCACUAUGGGCUACCCAAGCCGACGAAUCCCCCAAAUACAUAGCAAACUAUCAAGCCCUGGCCAAAGAACUGGGAGUCUGCAUUGUCCCAGGUACCGUCAUUGAAACUUUUUCACAUCCCAACCAAACACCACUGUUCUACAAUACGGCAUACUUUAUCUCGCAAGACGGCGCUAUCCUUGGCUCCUACCGCAAAAAGAAUAUUUGGCACACAGAAAGACCUCACCUAACCUCCUCAGGCCUGGAGCGCCAUGUGGCAAUCGACACUCCGAUCGGCCGGGUGGGGAUGUUGAUCUGCUGGGAUCUGGCAUUCCCCGAGGCAUUCCGAGAGUUGAUCGCCGAUGGCGCUCAGAUUGUAAUCAUUCCUACGUACUGGACACCACAUGAUGCCUCCCCCGCAGCCCGCGCGUAUAACCCCGACUGUGAGGCCUUGUUUCUGCAGUCGACCAUUACAUCCCGCUGCUUCGAGAAUACCUGUGGUGUUGUCUUUGCCAAUGCUGCUGGACCGUCGAAGGAUUUCCUGGGCUUGUCGCAAAUCUCACUUCCUGUCGUGGGACCGAUCGCCAAGAUGGGGACCGAAGAGGGUCUUAUCAUUGCGGACUUGGAUAUGGCAGUGAUUGAGACAGCGGAGAGGAAUUAUAAGGUUCGUCAGGAUCUCAAGAAGGAGGAUUGGCAUUAUGUCUAUCGCCAUACAAGGAAGUUGUAG